AUGGAACUGAACAGACUGCUCCUCCUCACAUCCUUCCUCCUGCAUGUGGAAGAAGGCCGUGCCAGCCCAACACGGCUGGUCUGCGACGACAGGCUCAUCCAGAAGUACAUUGGGGAGGCCAAGGACAUGGAGGAGAGAGCGGACCAGUGCCAGGCACUGCCCACACUCAGCUGCCCCGCGGUGCUGCCCUUGGUGGACUUCAGCCUCCAGCAGUGGAAAACCAAAUCGAACGAGACCAAGCGACAGGAGAUCCUGUGCGACCUGGCACUGCUGGUGGGUGCUGCAGCAGGGGCCCAGGGCCAGGUGACCCAGGAGUGCGGGGCCAGAGAGCUGAGCCAGCUUUACCAACACGCCAACUCCUUCCUCCUGCUCCUGCAGACCUUCAGCUGGGAGGCAGGACCCUGGGAGCCAGGCUGCUCCCCACGCUCCAUAGAGGAGACCCACAUAACCAGCAUCUUCCUCACCUACCGGCAGCUGGUGCAGGGCAAGCUGCGUUUCUUCUUCCGUGACCUGGCCAAGGACUUGUGCAAGCAACGCCAUGGGGGUGGCAGAGAGCCCUAG